AUGCAGACGCCGCAUGAGCACGAGGCAGACGAGCGCGUGGUGUACAGCGGUCUAGAAACCGACUCUCCCCGCCACAAUCUGCUGCUGAGUCCGGACGAUGGCUCUUCUUCCGCGCAUUCUCGUGGAGCUGCGCUGGCCGCGAGGACGAAAGCCGCUGGAGACGGUCACUGCGGCCAUCGGCUGUACCCUCGACCGCGUUAUUCUCUCUUUGAACUUGAGGACAGUGGAGACGAGGCAGGAGAGGACGUGCACUUCAAUCCGUUCGAGUCCCUUUUGCAGCAGCAGCAGAUAUUGAUACAGAAGACGACAGAGGCGGUAACUCCACGUACUGAAGAAGUUGUGACUUGCUGUAGCGAUACAGAAGCGUCACACGAUGAUUCGAGUCGGACAGUGGCGACUGGUAAUCAGUCAAAGAAGAAAAAAACGAAGGAGAAGAGAGGGAGUGGACGACUUGUCAGCUGUGAAAGCAGCUCAUGCGACAGCUACAGCAAUCGAGGACUUGCGUGCUCGAUAUUGAAGCCGAAUCGAACGUCUGAUAAGCUCAUUGCUGACGUCAAUACGCGCGUCGACAGGAAGCUGGGUUUUGAGGCAGCAGAAUCAAGACCAGCGAGGUGGAGCUCGAGAAAACCAUCAGCUGUAGACACCAAGAACCGCCGCAAGUCGCUGAGUGGAAUUCAGAGGCGACGCUCACAGGUGGAGGCGGACGAUGCAAAGAGACGCAAGUCGAUGCCAGCAAUUAGCCUUGACCCGCAUGCAGUGCAGAAUCGAACAAUCAUGGUGGAUGGCAAAAUGGAUGGUCCGAAGCAGCUUAUGUCUGAUGUUUUGCGGCGCGCUACGUUGCUGUCACAGGAACAGCAAGCAAGUUGCAAUGAAGCUCCAUUUUGCCAGGCUGACGAAAACCCUAUGGCCGGUGAUGUAAUCCUCGACACUGAGCAUCAGAUGCGAGCUGAGCGUUUUACGCCGCAGGUGUUUUCUCCGACCAAGCCUGCAUCGACAAGCACUGUCCAUAGUCGAAAGCCGUAUGGUGAUACGAUUGUGUCCAAAAUUCGUGGUAGCAUUGGUGACGUGAUUCGCAAAGCAAUCCGGAAAAGCAGUCGAGAUCUGACGCUGCUGCGAUCGCACGGCCAGCACUUGCUCCCAAAACAGAGCAGACAUAGCUCAUCGACGGCUUCUAUCGGAGCGAUUGAGUCAGUCCAAGACCGUGCAUACGUCGUGAUCCGUCUGAUGCGGUUUUGUGGGACAUUGCCAGAUUUCAUCGCGUACGAAUGUCGUAUGCAUCAAGUGACGAGUAAUCUGGAGAAAACAGCCGCAGAUGAUCUUGUGAAAGACUCAGUACUUUUUGAAGCACACUUUCGUCCGCAAACAGCAGAGCACCUCAAGUUGGCCCCGGGUAAUCUGCUCAAAGUUUUUGAGCCUCUUCACUUCUUUCUCGAGCACGUAGCAGCCGGUUCCACCCGUAAGCCAAGGUGGUUUCUUGCUAGCACACAAUUGGCGCAAGUAAUUGAUGACGAUCGUCACCUUGCUGAAUGA